UCCACAACCACACACAGUUCUCGCAAGAAGCUCAAUCCGAUCACUCCAAUCCCAAACAGUCAAUACAGACCAAACUAUUUCAAAAUGUUCAAGUUGGUGGUAUUGUCUGCUCUCCUCGCCGUAGCUGCUGCCCGUCCCGGUCACCUGCUGGAGUCCUCCCCCGUGGUCUAUUCCGCCCCGGCUACCACAACCAUCGUGCAGGAGCCCUACCUGGCCAAUGUUGGUUCCGUGGUAAAGAGCGUUCCCACCUCUGUCUCCCACCAGAGCCAGUCGGUGGUCCACAGCUCUGCCCAUGUCGUCCAGGAUGUUGUCGCCCCCGUGGUCAAGACCUAUGCAGCUCCCGUCGUCCACACCAGCUACGCUGCUGCUGCCCCUGUUUACCAGACGACCUACGCCGCUGCCGCCCCAGUGGUGCACACCAGCUAUGCGGCCGCCGUUCCCGUUGUGGCCAGCCACUAUUCUGCAGUGGCCGCCUCCUCGCCGCUGACCUACACCGCCACCGGUGUGUGGUAGAGCGCCGCGCCGCACCAUUUGCUUCCAGGUGACCAGGAUUCAUGGACUGUUGGACGGUUUUGUGAUACGAAUUUUAAAUAAAAAUAAAUGUUUUUGCUUUCGAAA